AUGUUAACUACAAAUACAACGUUAAAUCUUCUAUUAACAAAAAAACAAAAUUUAUCUGAAUGUCGAAUAUGUAGCGCUCCUGCUCAAUAUGCAAAUUUUGGCGCUGUUUCAUGUAAUUCAUGUAAAAUGUUUUUUAAACGAAAUGCUAAUAUUGAACAAAAAACAUUUAAAUGUAAUUUUGAUGGCUAUUGUGAAAUAAAACGAGAUAAUCAUCAUCAUCAUAUGUGUGCAUCAUGUCGCCUUAGAAAAUGUUUUCAAUAUGGAAUGACUACUGACAAAUUUCGAGCAUCAAGAUCGACUAAAUCAUUAGUUAGAGUAGAAUCACGAUAUCAAUCAGAAAAAUUAUCAAUAUCAAAUUCUUUAAAACCAGAUCAUUCAUUAUUAACUAGUAGUCAAUGGACACUUCUCUCAAAUUUAUAUAAUAGUUUUGAUGAAUCUCAACUUUCAUUACUUGGCAAAUCUUUAGUAGAUACACAUAAUUCUUUACAGCCAAUGGAUGUAACAUAUCAAGGACUUGUAGAAAAUUAUCUAUUAUCUUUUUAUGAGGUAACAGGAAAAUAUCUUCGUUUGAAUGAUGAUAUUUGUAAAUUAUCAUUUAAUGAUCGUUCCAUUGUACUUCGCAAUGCUGCAGAUAAUAUAUCUUGCAUGGCUUCUACAUUCAUUUCACAUCAUUUUGGUUUACUUAGUCUGAAUUCGUUUUUGAAUAUUAUAGCAGCAAUGUUUGACAAUAAUCGUGGAAUCUCUCUUACUCUAUGGACAAUGAAAUUUAUUAAUCCAGAUAUCGUAAUAUUCAAAUUAGCACUUUCAUUAUUUUCUUUAUCAAAUACAACUUAUUUAUAUUCUCAAGAUAUUUCAAUAGGUUUAACAAAUUCUUCUACAAUAUUUCAUAUUCAAAAUAAAUAUGCAGAAGUUACAUGGAAAUAUCUUAAUUAUAGAUAUGGUUGGUAUGAAGGUGUUAAACAUUUUCAUAAUAUCAUAUAUUGGCAUAUGGCUUUGACCGUGCUCAUGAGUCCUAUACAAAAUUUUAGUAAACAUGUUGAUAAUGUUGAUUCACUUGUUGAACUAACUGAGCUUACACUUAUACUAAAUGAUGAUGUUGAGGAAAUCAUCGAAACAAAAUAG